AUGAAUCCUAACUGGAGUCAAUUACGUCAGAACUUGCAAUCAACCAGCGAAGAAGUACAAGCAGAAACUAUUUUAAAUCUGCGGAAAAUUGUCAAUGUAACUCACCCACCUAUAAUAAAUCUUGUUGAAUCGGAAAUGAUACCUUUAAUCGUUGAACUUUUAGACUCAUCAAACGUGCAAAUUCAAAGUGAUGCUACCUGGAUUCUCAUUAAUGUGUCGUUUGAAUCAUCGACAUACUCAAUUUCAAUUUUUAAUGCUGGUGGCAUUCCAAAGCUACUACAAUUAUUGAAAUCAACGAACAUCCAAGUUGCUAACAACUCAGCUUGGGUUCUCGCAAAUCUCUGUGGUGAUAACCAAGAUUUUCGUGAUAGAAUCAUAGAAGCUCGAGCAAUACCAAUAGUAGCUGAAUGUCUUCAAUCUCCGAACAUCAAUUUGAGAUUCCUUCAAUCUUUGGUGUGGUUCGCACUCAACACUGUUCGAAGUUCUCAUGACAACUUAGACUCAGUUUCUCUUCUCAUCCAUCCAAUCUUGAAUCAGUUCACAAAAACUGAUGACCGUAAAGUGUUAGUCGAUGCAUGCUGGUUUUUUGAAUUCAUCAUGACUCGAAAUCGAUUCAUUCCAUCAGAAAUUAUUUCUGAUCUUCUCAAUCAUUUAAAUGUUUUUAUGAACAACAAUUCAAAUUUUUAUGUCUUGCAAGCUUCACUUCGUGUUAUUUCAAGCGUUUCCAUGAGACGUCAUUAUCGUUAUAGCGAGCAAAUCAUCAAUUCAAAUAUACUUCCGACUCUUAUCAGAUUCAUAACUGAUGAAAAUGAUGUUGUUUCAAGAUUGGCUUGCUUAUGUUGUCGUCAAUUUUCUUCAUGGAGAUUUUACGGAGGUAGCGGAAACAUUCAAAGUCAUUUGUUUAAUCAUGAUUUGAUUCCAAAACUAACAUCAUUAUUUGAAAGUGAUGAUCGGCUUUGGAGAUCCAAGCGUGAAGGAAUUUGGUUACUGAAAAACAUCAUAAAUAUCGAUUACAAUCAUCGUUUGGAGAUAACAAGCAAUGAAACUUUAUUUAAUGCUGUCUUGAACACAUUAAACUCUCAAAAUGUUGAACUUGUCAAGGAAGUUUUAAAAUUUUUUCAACAUCUGAAUUAUGUUACUCUCAGCAACGAAGUCGAGUUUCUUGAAAUUCUAAGAUCGUGUGAUUUUCAAAAGCAUUUGGAAGAUAUUUUGGAUCAUGUCAGCGAUGAAAUUCAUUCACUUGCGUACGAACUUUUGAGACAAGUUUUCCCUGAAGCUGUUCCUAAUUCUUUGUGUAAUUAUUUUGCAUCACCUGAAGAAUAA